GUGCGCAUGCGCGGCUUUGCUCGGACCCCACCUGCCCUUGCGGCCUGACAGCCCGGCCGCCGAUGAGGGCGUCGCGCGCGGCGUUCCCCCCCUCGUGUGGCGCGCUCGCUCGCUCCGCUAAUUCGCUCCGCUAGGCUUUAAGGAAGGCCCGCGCGCGGAACAAUGCUGCGCGCCUCCUCCACCACAUUAGCUCGGCUGUCAUCACAGCAGAAGGGAUGGCUUGUCCUGUCUGAUGGGCCUGUGGGCCUGAUGGCUGGUGCUCGCCGCGCCUCCCACUUUCGCUGCCUGCUGCCACCUUCUCUUUGCCAAGCCCGGCGCUACAUACCUCAGGAUGCAAGCGCACAACAGCAACAUCAUAUCCACCACCUGCGAUACCGCCGCGCACUUGUACGACACUACUCGGCGUUCACACGUGGACGUGGUUAUAAUUAUCACCGGUCUGGACAAGGAGGUGGCUACGCAGGAGGAGGUCGGACACAUGCCCGAACUUUUAUUUUGGUACGGGUUGCAGCUCGGCUCUUGCGGCUGAGGUACCUUGUGCUUGGUACGGCAGUCGGAGGAAGCUAUACUGCCAAGCAGAAAUAUGAUGAAUGGAAGGAUAUGCUGCCAGACUUGACCGAGUACUCAUGGGUGGUUCCAGAAUUUGUUUGGGAACUCGACAAAUACAUCGACUUUGACAAGAUAUCACAGAAUCUGCCAGACAGGGAGGACCUGGCCAAGUUCCUGCCGAAUCCUGACAAGGUGACGGAGUUCCUUCAGCGGCUACGCGACUCCUUGGCAUCAGGUGAGAGUUUGUUUAGAGAUAUCAAAGGAGCUGCAGGUCCACUUCACUUGUUAGAGCCAGCUGCCUCAACAAGCAUGAAUGCAUCUGAUGGGGGCCUGGGUUUCAGCACGGCCGCAGAUGGGGAAAAGAAAUACAAAAAGGGUCUCCUUGGAGAGCUCAUCCUGAUCCAGCAGCAGAUCCAGCAGCACGAGGAGGAGGCCCGGCGCUCGGCGGCACAGACCUUCCCCACCACGCCCCAGUACAGGCCCAAGAUCUCAGACAAGGACAGAUCUGACCAACUGCAGGAGGAGCUGCUUACGACUCAGAUGAAGUACCAGCGGAUUCUGGAGCAGCUUGAGAAGGAGAACAAGGAGUUGAGAAAGCAGCUUCUGCAGAAGGACGACAAGGGUAUCCAUCAGAGGAAGGUCAAGAAGUCGUUGAUUGAAAUGUACUCAGAAGUUCUGGACAUCCUUUCGGACUAUGAUGCCAACUACAACACACAGGAUCAGUUGCCACGGGUGGUAGUGGUUGGAGACCAGAGCUCGGGUAAAACCAGCGUGCUGGAAAUGAUCGCUCAAGCUCGCAUAUUUCCACGUGGCUCUGGAGAAAUGAUGACCCGUUCACCCGUCAAGGUGACGCUCAGUGAAGGUCCGCAUCACGUGGCCAUUUUCAAGGACAGCUCGCGCGAGUUCGACCUGACCAAGGAAGACGACCUCGCAGCUCUCCGCAAAGAAAUCGAAAUACGAAUGAAGAAGAGCGUAAAGGAAGGGCACACCGUCAGUGCAGAGACGAUAUCUCUGAGUGUAAAAGGACCUGGUCUCCAGAGGAUGGUGCUGGUGGAUUUACCAGGUGUCAUCAGUACCAUGACUUCCGGAAUGGCUCCAGACACCAAAGAUGCGAUAUUCGCGAUGAGCAAAGGCUACAUGCAGAAUCCAAAUGCAAUCAUCCUGUGUAUACAAGACGGAUCUGUGGAUGCGGAGAGAAGCAUAGUGACCGAUCUGGUGAGCAACAUGGACCCGCAGGGCAAGAGGACAAUCUUUGUCCUCACAAAAGUGGACCUGGCAGAAAAGAACCUGGCCAGCCCCAACAGAAUCCAGCAAAUCUUGGAUGGAAAGCUCUUCCCAAUGAAGGCCCUGGGUUACUUUGCGGUUGUGACCGGCAAAGGAAAUAGAGAUGAAAGCAUCGAAUCAAUCAAAGACUACGAAGAAGAAUUCUUCCAGAAGUCCAAACUCUGCAGGUCGGGGAUGCUCAAGGCACAUCAGGUUACGACGAAAAACCUGAGCCUGGCUGUGUCCGACUGCUUUUGGAAGAUGGUGCGCGAGUCUGUGGAGCAGCAGGCAGACGCAUUCAAAGCUACGAGAUUUAACCUGGAGACCGAAUGGAAAAAUAAUUACCCAAGGUUGAGAGAGCUGGAUCGGAAUGAACUCUUUGAAAAAGCCAAGAAUGAGAUUUUGGAUGAAGUCAUCAGCCUCUCACAGGUCACUCCCAAGCACUGGGAGGACAUCCUGCAGAAGAAGCUGUGGGAGCGAGUGUCGACGCACGUCAUUGAGAACAUCUACCUUCCCGCUGCACAGUCGGCCGACUCGGGCACUUUCAACACGACGGUGGACAUCAGGCUCAAGCAGUGGGCCGAGAAGCAGCUGCCCAACAAGGCCAUCGAGGUGGCGUGGGAGACGCUGCAGGAGGAGUUCUCCCGAUUCAUGGCCGACCAGAAGGGCCAGGAGGCAGACGACAUCUUCGACAAGCUCAAAGAGGCGGUCAAGGACGAGGGCAUCAAGCGGCACCACUGGAAUGAGCAGUCCGAGGAUAGUCUGAGGGUGAUACAGCACAACGCGCUGGAGGACCGCUCCAUCUCCGACAAGCAGCAGUGGGAUGCCGCCAUCAAGUUCAUGGAGGACACGCUGCAGGCUCGACUGCGUGACACUGAUAAUGUCAUCAGGGACAUGGUUGGCCCAGAGUGGAGGGAACGUUGGAUGCAAUGGACCAACCGCACCCCAGAGCAGAGCGUCCGAAACGAGACCAAGUCGGAGCUGGAGCGGCUGCUGAAGGUGGAUGGCGAGCACACGGCGUACCUGGCCAGCGAUGAGAUCACCACCGUGCGCAAAAACCUGGAGUCCCGUGGCGUGGAGGUGGACGCUGGCUUGAUCAAAGACACGUGGCACCAGGUUUACAGACGCAGUUUCCUCAAAAAAGCCCUGGACCACUGCAAUCUUUGCCGGCGAGGAUUCUACUACUACCAGAAGAACUUCGUGGACUCGGAGUUGGAGUGCAACGACGUCGUGCUGUUCUGGAGGAUCCAGCGCAUGCUGUCAAUUACGGCCAACACACUAAGGCAGCAGCUCACCAACACUGAAGCUCGGAGACUGGAGAAGAAUGUGAAGGAGGUGCUGGAGGACUUUGCAGAAGACAACAGCAAGAAGAUCAGACUUCUGACUGGGCGUCGGGUUCAGUUGGCUGAGGAGCUCAAACGAGUGCGAGAAAUUCAAGAGAAGCUGGAGGCGUUCAUCGAGGCUCUGCGCAAUGAAAAAUAACACCCCACGCGCGUGAAUCCUGUUCGGUUUGGGAAUCUUCUCGCUCGUGGCCCACCGUUGAGGGAUCUGUGUCAGAUGAAGAUCAACACGGGUCAAUCAUGCUUCCCACCACUCCUUCGGAAUCUGCCAAGAAAACCGAGCCAGAGUCCCGACAGUUCCACUUCAUUUUGUUGCCGUCUGUAACGCAGCCGAUUCAUAUGUACAUAUGUGGCCCUUCCAAAAAAACAUCUCCCCCCUCCCCCCCCCCCGUCCACCUCCCCAACACAUGCUCGCACACGUGUAUGGACUCGCAUCGUGAAUGUAGCGACAGCACUGAGGACAGUGCAUUCACAGAAUGCACUUGAAGCACGACAACCACCCCCGUCUCGGUAGAUGUACCAUACUUUGUGCAAUAAAAGUGUUAAUAAAGGUUAACGUCCUAAACGCUGCCUUCAGAGUUGAUUGCACUUCCUUUGUGUUGCAGUUGCGAAAAAGCACUUGUUGAUUUUUAAAUGGCUACAAGGGUGAUGACCUCAUUUAGUUUCGACUGCAGCGUGUGCUGUAUUAUCGCAGCUUUUGCUGCCAUGAGUACGGCUUUUCUACUCUGGUAUUAAAAAAAUAGCAUUUACUGAAGUGUGCACGAGGUGGCAGUAGUACAGCAUGCACCGACGUCCGGUUAACCCGAGAGCCACUGGUCUUGGGGUCUCCAUAGGCCAAAACCAUACACAUCGAAACACUUGCUAACAAUUUAAUUUAAAGAUGAGUACCAACAGGAACUUGCUUUUGAAUUCUGUCUACUCAGUUGCUAGUUAAAACAGAGUUAAAAGACUUCAACCUUUGUAACAUCGAUGGGCCACAUUUGGUAUAAAACACAUUUAGUCAACAUUUUGGGUUUUAUUUAAACGACAAUUUAAUACAACGACAAUCAUAUCACGAUAAUCGACGGCCAUUAUAUAGCAUGUUUUAAAAUAUAAGCGCGCUGAAGUUUCUGAAUGUUCCUUAAAGUCUGGCAACCCUUUGCCACGAAUGUCUCAUGUUCUUUCGUGUGUAAUUUUUAACAUUAAACCCAAGCAACGGUCGCGCGGGGGAUUUAUUACCACGCAGUGCAGUCCGGUAUUUAUUUUACGCUCUGUAAUUUAUUUUGCAUUGGCCGCAUUAGUUGGGCCACUUGACUUGCAGAAUCGGGACAGCAGCAGCAGCAGCAACGCAACUCUUGUUUUGACACCUGUUGCUUCGCUUUCGCAAUCUUGAAAUAUUUUUUAUUAUCAAAAUUGCGGAAUGCGGUCGUGGAACAAACCUUCGAGACACUGUUUAUAGAGGCAACAGAUAGACGUUCUUGUAGCUUGAGCGCGGGGCCAUUCUAAGGUGGCGCUUCUCUUGUUCUCUGCGGGGAGCGCGGUAAUAGAUCGAGUUCUUUGAAAAGUUCAGCAAUACCUACUGCGCUGUGGAACACGCCACGCGCGCACGUGUGGAAGUUGCCCGUGUUUACUUGUGUAACAUUUUACACGUGUUCACGUGUAACGGUGUCUCUUUAAUGUAUUAACUGAGCAGCGAUCUGGAUCCAUGCGCAUUCUCAUGGGAUCUUACACGGCGGCGCGUAUGUCCCGUCUGCUGUUUUAACCACUGGUGUUGUCUCCAUCGGUACACUGACAAAUCUACAUGGUGCCUCCACUAAAAAUGCUAAAAUAUACAAUGCUUUACCUUAAAUUGGAGUUCACUCUAACUAUUUGUAAUUGAAACUCAGCCCGAGUCCUCCAAUUUCAAACAUGUCCAACUAAUUUUGUAUGGGGUUCAUGACACGGGCUUAAACUUAACUUUGAACACCUUUAAGCUUUUAAGUGCUGCAUAAAGUGUACGUUAUCUUGGUUGUAAUGUUAACUAACUCCUGAAAGCUGUACAUUGUGUGGGAGUGUGGAGUUUGCUUAUUGCUAGAGCGGUAUGUAAUGGAAUAAAAAAAAUAUGUACUAAUUUA